AUGGCAAAACUCACGGGAAACUUCUCCCUGCUGCUCGUUGUCCUCUCCCUCGUCUGCAUCUCGUCGCUCCCCCUCGCAUCCGCCGGUGCGCCGCGCAUCGCGCGCACGCCCCGUUCGCACGAGCACCGCCAUCAGCGCCAGCUGGACGAAAUCGUCGGCCGUGGCGCGCGCCCACGUGUGCACACGUUUGAAGAUAAAAGCGCUCCAAUCACAUACGGAGGAGGGCCCGUGAUGACCGGAAACCCGUCCGUCAACGUGUACAUUAUCUACUACGGCAGCUGGCCGGCAGGUUCGGGCCAGAAUAUCAUCGAGAAUUUCAUCCGAUCGUUGAGUGCGAACUCGAAGCAGCAGGGGGGUCCCGCGGAUCCCAAGGUGAAGCGCUGGUGGGCGAUCAGCGCGGCGUACACGCAGACGGGGGAGGAUGGCACAACGAAGAACGUCAGCAGCAAGGUGCGCCUUGGCAGGUCUGUCUAUGACAACUACUCGGUGGGAACGGAUUUCGACGAUGGCACAAAUUACGGCGACACUACGGUUUUUGAAGUUAUUUCGAGCAAGAUUGGCGCGGGAAAGCCAUUGCCGUACGACGCAAGUGGAAUCUAUCUGGUUCUUACCAGCAAGGACGUUACUGUUCCGGGUUUCUGUACCGACUACUUGGGAUGGCACGACAUGUACCACAUCGGGUCAAAGCCGGUUGUAUUCGCGUUCGUGGGGCAUCACGGUCAGUGCAACCAGGAUUGGAUACCGGAUCCGUCACCCAAUGGGAACCCUGGGAUUGAUUUCACGCUUUCAACAAUUGCUCACGAAAUCGCUGAAGCAGCAACGGACCCUGAUGUUCAGACUGGGUGGGGUGACGAGAACGGUGAGAAUGCAGACAAGUGUGACAUGGAUGUUGGUCAGACGAAAACCGGCAGGGACAGUCGCGGCGGAACGUACGAGUAUAAUCUGGUUGGGAUGAAGAACAUGAGGUUUCUGAUUCAGAGUAACUGGGACUGGCAGAAGAACAUGUGCGUGACUCAGAGGAAGUACCAGUAG